AUGACUGACUCGGAUUUUGAGGAUGGUCCUGACCUAUUUGCUGAGCCAGCUGAUUACUAUCCUCCAUCGCCGAAACCAACCACAGAAACUCAUACGCUUCUCUCCGGUCACACACUUACUCUGCAUCUCGUCGGUCACAACCCACUUUGGGGACAUCAUCUUUGGAACGCUGGUCGCAUCAUAUCCAACUACUUGGAAAAGAAUCCUUCGUUGGUUUCUUCGAAAUCGAUACUAGAGCUUGGCGCAGGUGCUGGUCUUCCGAGUCUCACUUGUGCUUCUCUUCGUGCCAAAAAUGUCGUCGUCACGGAUUAUCCAGAUUCAGACCUCAUCGACAAUCUUCGAAAGAACAUUUCCGUCUUUUAUGAGCAAUUCCCUGAGCUAAAGAUAGAUGAUAAAGAAAGCUUGAUCGCUGAAGGUUAUUGUUGGGGUGCCGAUCCAUCCCCACUACUGUCACUCCUACCUUCAGAGGACAAAGACGCUGGGUUUGAUGUAUUAAUACUAGCCGAUCUCCUCUUUAAUCACUCCGAGCACGCGAAACUAUUGGAUUCUAUCAAAAAAACUCUUAAGAAGGAUAGAAACUCUACAGCCCUCGUAUUUUUUACUCCAUAUCGACCUUGGCUAUUGGAGAAAGACAUGGCAUUUUUUGACUUGGCACGGGAGGGAGGUAUGACUGUUGAAAAGAUCUUGGAAGAGAAGAUGGAAAAAGUUAUGUUUGAGAAGGAUAGAGGAGAUGAAGAGCUGAGGAGGACAGUUUUUGGUUUCGUUGUGAAAUGGGCCGAUCAGAACAGGACUUGA